CACAGCAGGUUAAAAUAAUUGAAUGCGCCGAUAGCGUACAUAUUGGCACGGUCUUAUGAGCAGUCAUUCAUAACAUAUUUGUCAUGAAGCACGACUUCCAUGAUGGAACCCUGAUCCGCAGGCGGUGUUUUAGCCGCCGCAACGCGGUCGAAUGAAGUCCUCUGUGGAGGCUGGCUCCAAGGUCACGGUGUCCGGCCCCCAAGCCAGAGCAUCUACGAGAAAGGAUCAAGGGAAUGACUGGUCCGCCAAAUAAAACGAGUGUCUUCAGGCCCAGACAGACCAACCGCUGGUCCCCCCGCCCCCCCGGUGAGAGAAUGUGCGGAUACAAGGAAUGCCUGUGGCAGAUUCUUGAGGAAGACAGCGUGGACUGACUGGAUGGUAGAGAGAGGACAGCUAUCAGAUGAUAACACUAAGAAGAGAGCCAUGAAGGUCGAAGCACCAGCUUGUCUGAACUCAGCGCUGUAGCCUACAAAAGCCUUGAUGAAUGCUUGCUCAAUGCUGGACAUAAAAAAUAACCUGCGUGUUUGAAAAGGAUGCACCGAAUUCAUGACCUGUAACAAAUGUCAGCUCCCUCAGCUGUCAGAGUGUCUUCAACGCAUCACAGGAUUGCUAAGAGGAUGGCAAAGUGGAACACAGAGGAGUUUCAAAAACGAAAACGUGAAUGGAGUGAAUCAGAAUAAGACAUUUUGGAAACCCAGGCACCGUUUCACCCACCGCUGUCGUGAUUACUCUCUGACAGCCACCAGCUGUCACCUUGUUUUGCAGUUACGACUUCAACAGAGGAGGACCCAGGAACUGGCGAACCAAGGCAUAGCACCACCACUGAAAAGUCCAACUGAAUUCCAUGAGCAAAGAAAACAUUUGGAUAGUGACAAGACUGAAGACGCGUUGAGGCACAAGGUCAGAAACAGACCCGACCGCGCGGACGUGGGUAAUAUGCACGUACUUCAAGCCUCCACUGCAGAGAGGUCCAUCCCAACUGCUCAGAUGAAGCUGAAGAGAGCCCGACUUGCCGAUGAUCUCAAUGAAAAGAUCGCUCUCCGGCCAGGGCCCCUGGAGUUGGUGGAGAAGAACAUACUCCCCGUGGACUCUGCUGUGAAAGAGGCCAUCAAAGGUAACCAGGUGAGUUUCUCCAAAUCUGCAGAUGCCUUUGCCUUCGAAGAGGACAGCAGCAGUGACGGGCUCUCUCCGGACCAGGCUCGGAGCGAAGACCCCCAGGGCUCCGCGGGAUCCCCCGCAGACACCAAAGCUUCCGAGAGCCACUUGGCAGGUCCCCCAGGGGCAAUCCAGGAUCAUUCUUCCGGCUCAGAAAAUGACAAGAAUGACUCGGCCUCACAGCCCAGCAGCCAGUCAGACGCGGGGAGGCCAGGGCUUGGGACUCUGGGCACCUCCUGCGCCGGGCACCCUGCUGUGAAGCCUCCUGUCGAGUUGGCCACGAUGCUGAGUGCUGAGUACAGUCCCGCUUUACAAGGCGUGACGGUGCCCCCACGGGACGGUGGGGAACCCAACGAGCAGAUGGUCAGAAAUCCGAACUCCACUUCAACCCCACUGAGCAAUACCCCUUUGUCUCCCGUCAAAAACAGCUUUUCUGGACAAACUGGUGUCUCUUCUCUCAAACCAGGCCCACUGCCGUCAAACCUAGAUGAUCUGAAGGUCUCCGAGUUAAGGCAGCAGCUCCGACUGCGGGGGCUGCCGGUGUCCGGCACCAAAACGGCGCUCAUGGACCGGCUGCGGCCCUUCCAGGACUGCCCCGGGGCCGCCGUGCCCAGCUUCGGUGACAUCACGACGGUCACCUUCCCCGUGACGCCCGGCGCCGCGCUGCCCGGCGCCUACCGCUUCGGCAGCACCAGCUCCAGCCCCCCGAUCUCGCCCGCGUCCUCCGAGCUGUCGGCCGCGGGCUCCCUGCCGGACGCCUUCGCCGACGCGUCCCCACCGCUCGGCCUCCCGCAGUGCUCCCCGCAGCACUCGCCGCUGGGGGCCGUCAAAAGCCCGCAGCACAUCAGCCUGCCCCCGUCCCCCAACUGCCAUUACUUCCUCCCCCCCUCCUCGAGCGGCGGCGCACAAGGGGAAGGCCACCGGGGCGCCUCCCCUGUGGGCGGCCAGGGAUGCUCGGCACAGAACUCAGGGGCACAUGAGGGCCAUCCACCAACCUUCUCUCCGCAGCCUUCCAGCCUCCACCCCCCUUUCUCUGGAACCCAAGCAGACAGCAGUCAUGGCGCUGGGGGCAAUCCUUGUCCCCAAAGCCCAGGCAUCCAGCAAAAGGUCGCUGGUCUGCACUCCUCGGAUAAGACAGGGCCAAAGUUUUCAAUUCCAUCCCCGCCUUUUUCCAAGUCAACUUCAGCAGUUCCAGAGAUAACACAGCCUCCAUCCUAUGAAGACGCAGUAAAGCAGCAAAUGACUCGGAGUCAGCAGAUGGAUGAGCUCUUGGAUGUCCUCAUUGAAAGUGGAGAAAUGCCAGCCGAUGCUAGAGAGGAUCAUUCAUGUCUUCAGAAAGUCCCCAAGCUACCUGGGUCUUCCCGAAGCCCUAACGCGGCCCUCCCCAAACCCUCAUCGUCAGGAGGCCAACUCUCCUUCGAUCACUAUGGCACCGACAGUGAUGAGCACCUUGAAGUCUUGCUAAAUUCCCAGAGCCCCUUGGGGAAGAUGGGCGAUGUGGCCCUCCUAAAACUUGGGAGUGAAGAGCAUCCUUUCGAAGGGAUAAUGGAUGGAUUCUCCGGGAAGCCCGCCGAAGACCUCUUCAGCGCACAUGAGAUCUUGCCAGGCCCCCUCUCCCCGAUGCAAACUCAGUUUUCACCCUCUUCUGCAGACAGUAAUGGGCUGCGAUUAAGCUUCACCGAAUCUCCUUGGGAAACCAUGGAGUGGCUGGACCUUACUCCACCCAGUUCUACACCCAGCUUCAGCUCCCUGGGCCCCAGCGGCCCCAGCAUCUUUAACAUUGACUUCUUAGACGUCACGGAUCUCAAUUUGAAUUCCCCCAUGGACCUUCAUUUGCAGCAAUGGUAGAUAAUAUCUGGUGGAGAGGCGCUAAGGCAGACCCGUGGGCUUCCGUGGGGGAAAACACACAACCAGAAACGCUCCUGUCAUCCAAAAGGAGGAAGAGGUAGGCAAGGAGGAGGAGGAGGAAGAGGAGGGGAGGCAGAGAAAAUUACAAAGGACCAAUGGAGACUUCUGUGAUGGUCAAUGAGAGCAAAUAGGAGUCUUUGGAUCUAUGUAAAAUGUAGUAUUUACCAACAUGCAGUAACUGUUCAUGAUUUCAGCUGUGCGCUCAGAUAUGUACUUUCUGAGGUCAAGAAUGCCAAAAAAAAUUUUGUUCACUGCCUUUUCAAGCACUAAUGUUUUUGUAGCCCAUACUUUUUCUCAGGCAUUGUUUGGGCGUGAUCUCACUUCGUAAGCUUUUCUCAUGAAUGUAUCCUGUGGAAAGGAAAUGUAACUCUCUUAGAGUCCAGGGAGUAUAGCAUAACCAUCUAAGUUUCUGGAAGAUACGCUCAGUGGUGCUGCCUCUCAGCACCCCCUUCUCUGUCUUUCCAAGUAGAAGUCAGGCCCAGCUUUAGUUGGGUACUGGAGGUAGAACCAGUCCAUUCCCAAGGAAGUGGAAUCGACUCGGUGUCCCUCCGCCAAAAGCUGCCCCAAUGGGGGGGGGGUCCCAAUUCUGGACCCAGGACUCCAUGUGGUCACUGAUAACAACGAACCUACGUUUGGUCUGCCCAGAAUUUCCCUCUUUCUCAACCAGCAGCCCAAUGGCUCCCGCUGUCUCUGUGGUGAUAAGCACCAUGAAACAGCGAAGAACAUGAAAGCAAACAAAAACCAAAACCCCCUGCCAUGGAACGUUCCCCGACACAGCCCCCUUGAGUCUCAGAGACUGGAGAUGAGCCCAUGAUCAGAUGGGAAGAACAUCUCUAGCUUCCAGUAGCCAUAGCAGGAUCAUUCAGACAUUCACGUGUCAUGAGAAUGAACACCAUGGGUUACUGUCACCGGAUGACUAAUUAUGGAGGUCCAACUUUUUUUUAGACAGGAGGGUAGGACGUCCACCCUUUAUCUUUCUCCCACUCCACUUUUCUUUCAAGAUACCAAUCUUUUCUUGCUCCCCUUCUGAAACUCCUUUUUCUGCCCCAACAUGGAGAGAAGAGGACUCCUCAGGUCGAAGAAGCUGCCCUACUCCUAAAAAAGCCAUAUUUUAAAAAGCUAAAAAUCCAGGCUCUCCCGGAGAACUCAUUCUCCAUCUGCAUAAUUUACUACAAAAAGCAGAAAGAGUGUCCUUGGGGGUGGGGGAGAAAAUGACCUUGGGGUCCUCCGUCCCAAAGCUCAUUCUACUGUCAUUUGAUUUAUUGCAAUCAUCAAUUUGGGUGGUUCUGGAGAAAUUGGAAAUCCUUACAUUGUAAAAAUAGAUAGGAAUGAUAUUUGCAAGGAGAGAGGACUUUUCAGGUCUGGGCUGAAAAGACUGUGUGAAAGAAAGCACAGUCGCACAUCGCAAACGAGGGAAGGAAGAAAGAAGAUUUUUCUCGUGUGCAUUCCUCAUCAUCAUCUGCUUUUGCCGGGAGUUAUUUUCAACUCAAGUGGCGAGGCAGUCUCUCUAAAGCUCACUGUGGCUCCCAACUCACCGUUUUCUAGUGUUGCAUGCCGUAGAAGUAGCUCUUGCUGGUUUGGUCCUUUGUUGUUGUUGUGGUUGGUUUUGUUGUUGUUGUUGUUGUUUUAAUUUAAAUCACUAAGACACUGUUUUCUUUUGUAAAAAAAAAAAAUUCACUGUGCACUUAUGGAGAAAAUAACCAAACAUGUUGUGAUUUUAGACGUUCUCUCUUGGAUAAACCAAAGAUUUAGAAGUCA